AGCUGGGAGUACUCGAGCAGCCUCGAAUGGACCUGAGGUAGGAGAGCCAGGCGCUACACAAUAGAGACCUCUUUGUGCCGUGCUUCCCGGAUUUGUGCAACGGUGAGAAGUGACGCCCAGCGGCAGAGCAAGCAGUCACCGCCAUGUCCGACCGCUCCUCUCCUCCGAUGCCCGCGUCCUCGAUAGACGACUCAGCGGCGACGGUAGGCAGUCGUGCAAGGAGGACGACGCCGGCCUCUGCCGUGGCGCCAUCCGGUGGAGGUGGUGGCGCGGGAGGAUGGUCCAACGGUCGCAAAAGCGAAUCGGCCGUCACUUCGCCGACGUCGGUCAAGGUUCGCGCUGACAGCAUCGCAUCCUCCUCCAAGGAUGCAUCGCCUGUCAAGGCUGCCGCCGCGCCACGCCGUCGACCUGAGCCCAGCUUUACUACGUCUCGCACCUUUGCGCCCCUCGCCUCGGCAGGCAAGGAAGACGGAGCCGGCAGCAGCAGCGACACACCGCAGGCCCACUCGGCAAAGGAAGGAGGCAUGAAGAGAUCAGAGAGAAAGAGUAAGACCGAGGCCAUGACGGUCCUCAAUGGCAGCAAUGGCCACUAUUACAACGACAGUAGAGACUCUCCAGACCCAGACGGUAAUCAAGGCCCGCCCAAUCCUGCCGAGCAUCCGACUCGAAGAGCCAUGAUGAUAAAGAAGUCUGGCGUGCCUACCGACCCGCUUCCCUUCAACUUUUCAAACAUACCCAGCGAUGAAACCAACGGCCGCUGGACCAUUCCCACGCACAUAAGCACGCCACGCCACCCACCCAAGCGCCUCCGUCCACGCCUCUUUGACCUCGAGGAGGCACCCACCUUCUACCCGACCCCCCAAGAAUUUUCUGACCCACUCCGCUACAUACAGUGGGUCGGCAGCCCAGAGGGCGGCAAUGGCAAAGAGUACGGCAUCGUCAAGAUUGUACCACCAGAAGGCUGGAGUCCUGAAUUCGUCCUUGACCAAGAGCGUUUCCGGUUCCGCACCCGUGUCCAACGGCUCAAUUCGCUCAGCGCAGAUGCCCGCGCCUCACUCAACUACCAGGAGCAGCUGCAAAAGUUUCACGCUCAGCAGGGCCAUGCCCGUGUCUCGAUUCCCGUCAUCGACCGUCGGCCGGUGGACUUGUACAACCUCAAGCUCAUCGUCGCCUCGCUCGGUGGGCAUGAAGCCAUCGCAAAGGCACGCAAAUGGGCAGAGGUCACCAGGAGGCUUGGCUACGACGAAAAGGAUGCUGGCCACUUGGCCGCUCAGGUCAAGGCGGCCUACUCGAAGAUCAUCCUGCCAUUCGAGGACUUUCUCCUCGUCGCAAAGGAGCAGGCCAAGCUGCAUGGCUCGCUCAACUCCAGCCUGCUCAACGAAGCGGCCGGGUUUGCUUCGCGACACACGACACCCGGCGCCUCGGUUGCCGAGGGCAGCCACGAGUCGCGCAGCCAAGCCGAAGCCUCUACAUCGCCUGCUGCCAGCCAUGACCACGAAGGCGGUAGCGCAGAGACAGAGACGGAUGGCGCCAAGCGGAGGAGCAAUCGUCGUCGUAUCGACACCCUCACCACCACCAAGGGAGCCGUGACGCCGCUGUCUGCUCGCAAGCGACGGCCUUCACCCCUGGACAGCAACGGCAACAGCAACCAGCAAGUGAUCCUACAGCCGGGUGCUGAAGAACAAAUGUGCGAGAUCUGCCUUCGCGGCGACGACGGCAUCUCGAUGCUCUUGUGUGACGAGUGCAACAGAGGCUACCACAUGUACUGCCUCGACCCGCCGCUCACGACUGUGCCAAAGUCGCAGUGGUACUGCCCUCCGUGCCUCGUUGGCACAGGAAACGACUACGGCUUCGACGACGGCGAGACGCACAGCCUCGACAGCUUCUGGAAGCGCAGCGUCGAGUUCACAAAGAGCUGGUGGUCACAACGAGCCCAGAGCAUCUGGGAUCCCAAUCAUGACGCAGAUUUCAAGCGUGCCUAUGAGGAGAAGGAGGAGAAGGUCGGAAGCCAUCUCACCAACGGAUGCACGCGCAAGAUCCCCGGCACUGGCCUCAGUGUGUCCGAGGACGAUGUCGAGAGGGAGUUCUGGCGCCUGGUUCACAGCCCCGACGAGACCGUCGAAGUGGAAUACGGGGCCGACGUGCACUCGACGACGCACGGCAGCGCCCUGCCAACGCUCGAGACGAUGAAUUUGAGCCCCUAUGCUCGCGACGGAUGGAACCUCAACAACCUGCCGAUUCUGCCUGGCUCGCUCCUGCGUUACAUCAAGUCUGACAUUUCCGGCAUGACGGUGCCCUGGAUCUACGUCGGGAUGAUGUUCUCGACGUUUUGCUGGCACAACGAAGACCAUUACACCUACUCGAUCAACUACCAGCACUGGGGCGACACUAAGACGUGGUACGGCGUACCGGGCGGCGAUGCAGCGAAGUUUGAAGAGGCCAUGCACAAAGCUGCUCCUGACCUCUUCGAGACGUGCCCCGAUCUCCUCUUCCACCUCGUGACCAUGAUGAGCCCUGACAAGCUCAAGAAAGAGGGCGUCAGGGUGUACGCCUGCGACCAGCGAGCAAACGAGAUGGUCAUUACCUAUCCCAAGGCGUACCACUCUGGCUUCAAUCAGGGCUUCAACUUCAACGAGGCUGUCAACUUUGCCCUGCCAGACUGGGUCGACAUGGGCCUCGAAUGUGUGCGACGGUACCAGCAGUUCAGCAAGUUCCCUGUCUUUUCCCACGACGAACUCAUCGUCACGGUCUACACGUACAACCACACGAUAGAGACGGCCAAGUGGCUGCAGCAUUCGAUGGCCGAAAUGGUGUCGCGGGAGAUCGGCAAGCGCGAUGUCCUGCGUCGCUUGAUACCGAAUCUCGUCGAGAUUGUCGAAGAUGCCGACCGGCCAGAGCCUGAGUACCAGUGCGGCCACUGCAAUGCCUUUUGUUACCUAGGUCAGAUCACGUCGGAAAAGGCAAACGGCGCCGUCGCGUGCCUCGACCAUGGCAACCAGGUGUGCGGUGCAGACUCGCCCUCCAAGUGGACCUUGCGCUGCCGCUUUUCCGACGAGCAGCUCGAAACGAUGAAGACCAAGACUGAGGAGAGGGCCUCGCUGCCGGAUCAGUGGAAGCAGCGGCUCCACAAGCUCCUCGUCGCGGGCCCAAGACCGCCGCUUCGGUCGCUCCGGGGACUGCUGAACGAAGGCGAAAAGAUCACUUCGGUUGCUUUGCCCGAGGUUGAACAGCUGCGCGAAUUCGUCGACAAGGCCAACAAGUGGAUAGAAGAGGCCAAUGCAUACAUUGCUCGCAAGCAUCAAAAGAGGGCCAGAGCGGGUGCCUCGACGAUUGCUGAGUCAAGGAGCUCCCGCUCCACGGCGAGACGAAACGACAGGGCCAAUGACGAUCGCGAGAGCUCGACGACGCCUGCUGAUGCUGAGGCGGCCACAUCGACCAGUGACAUGGACCCAGAUAGAGUCUAUCAGCUGCUGGCCGAAGCAGAAACGCUUCCGUUUGAUGCACCCGAGAUUGCCUCGCUCCGAGCGGUGGCAGAGGCCAUGGACGACUUCAAGCUGCGCGCCGAAGAGAUGACUUACCGGGCCCAGACGGGCGGCAAAGACGCGCCUACGCUCGAGGAAUGCGAGGCGCUUCUGUCGGCCGGUGCGGCGCUGAGCAGUGUCAAGAUGGAGCAGCUCGAAUGGCUAGAAAAGCACGUGGCGAGGGAGAAAUGGAUGAUCGAGAUGAACGACGUCAAGGACAACUUCCUGCACCUCGGCGAGGUCGAGGAGCUCAUUGCAGAGGGAGAAGAGGCCGGCGUCGAUGGAGCGCACGAGCACGUCGCCGAUCUGCACCGCCGGAGGGCAAAGGGCAUCGAUUGGCGCGCGGCUGCUGACGACGUCCUGUCCAACGAGAGGACACGGCUGGUGACAAAGGACGAGCUCGUUUCCUUGACAAAGGCAUCGUACGAGGUUGCAAUCAUUCCAGAGAUGUACCAGCGCGUCGAGAAGCUUUUACUCAACUUCAAGCAGUGGAGCCGAGAGGUGCAGGCCCUAUGCUCGGCCGACGAGGGUCAGACGGAUCGUUCGUUGAUCAACAAGAAGCUGGCCGAUGCAAAAAAGGUGUUGUACAACAUCGAGCGAGAGCGUCUCGACGUGGAUGGUCUCGACAUUGUUCGCUCCAAGGUCAAUCUGUAUGACGACUGGACGCUAGGGGUCUCGUCGACAAUGACUGAAUUCCUGCUUGUGGGCUCGUCGGCUGCCUCGAGAGGCGCAAAGGGGGAGAGGGAGAUGGAGCGGGCGAUUGUCAACAUGUGUGAGCGCGUUAAACAAGUAUCGGACCCUGCGGACGACUAUGCGCCCAACGUCGGCACAGGUGAAAAGAUGCACUUCUGCGUCUGCCGGACCGUCGAACCGCUCGACCGAAAUUUGACGGAUGAAGCGGAGCAGUGCACCGUCUGCAAGACGCACUACCACCUCGCUUGCCUUGAAAUGGCGCCCGGAGAUAAACGCUUCAUCUGCCGGCUCUGCAGCCCGCCCAAGUUUGCUCGAUUCGUCGCACAGCGCCGGGCCAUUCCCACAUCGAGGUUGCGAGACUAUGCCCGGAACCAGCGUUUCGCACUGGUCAACUUCAUCUGGGGCGCACCGCUCGGCUUCGACGAGGUGAAGACCGCUUACGAGGGGGCACAGCGACUCGAGAGGCUGUUUCUUGACUACCAGAAGCUGCAGCCUUCGAUGUCGUUCCGGCAGUGCGAGUUUGCGUGCCGACACCUGUUACUCAAGUGCUUGGGCUCCCCGAUCGAGGUCUUGGAGCGCCCACCGGCGAUCAAGCUGCUGUCCGAAACACUCUUUACUGUUUUCGCCCCUCAGCUGGCCACUGCAGCCGCCGCAGCAGCAACAGCUGCGGCGGCGACGGCGACAUCCACCUCGUCCUCUUCACUCAAGAGAACUUUGGACGAGGGCCCGGGCGCCGACAUCAGCGAGUCUCAUGACUUUGACAGUCCUCCGCCUGCCGAACACGUCGGUGAAGAGCAUCCAUCUACCGAUCCACCUGCCGCCAGGAACGACGAGCGAAAGAAGAAACGAGGCAAGCGGGCCAAGUUCGUCUUUGAGGAGGAGGUUGGAAUCUUUGUCCCUGUCAAUGGCGAAAAGGUCUAUUGCCUCUGCCACCGGGCCGAGACGGGGACGAUGAUCUCGUGCGAUCGAUGCAAUCUCUGGUUCCACAACGCCUGUGUCCACAUCGACGAUCCCGCUGAUUUGGGCGAGGAGCGCUGGAUCUGCCCAAUGUGUUGCGUAAAGACUGAGCGCAAGUACCCGCACGCAGAAGUCAAGGUCAAGCCCAUGGGCGUCGAGGACCCAAAUGUCUGGCUCGACAUCCGAGCCACCCUCCGUUCCACGAGACAGCCGAUCAGCAAGCCCCAGAUAUGGACCGCCGAGGAAGGCAAGCGCAUCGUGCUUCACCUGCAGAGCUUCUUCCCGGCCAUUCUCCCCGAACAGGCAGAGCAGGCCAAGCGCCAGAAGCUCAACGAGGCGGCGGCUGCCGCUACCGCCGCUGCCGCUGCCUCUGCUGCCGCCAUUGCCCCCUCUUCUUCCUCGAGACCGGUUCAUGCGAGGUCGCCCAGCCCGCAUUCCCCAGCACCAGCCCCUGCAGCCGUCGCGACUGCUCAGCCACCUCGCCACGGUCGACCUUCGCCUCCGUACUCUUCCGCCGACCAGUACCCGCCAAAAGCACCGCCUGCCACUCACCACUGGAACGAUGUCCGGGCGAGAGUCACGCCUGCUCAUCGUGCGCCAUCGGCACAGGAAGAGGAGCUGGCAAGGCGGAGAUUUGAGGACCAGGAGAGGGAACGGAAGGGUAUGCUCAACCUGUACAACCGCGGCGUGACGGAUGCCAUGAUCCAGAAAUGGUACAUUGGCUGGAACGGCAAGCAGCUCGUCUACCCUCGCUACGAUCGCAAUGGUCAUUUUCAAGAGCUGCAACUGGGUACCCAUAUCUACCUCGACCCUGAUGACUCAGACGGAACGAGGCUGAUCCGGACGCUCCUCCAGCGAGAGGCCGAGGAGAAGCGCCGGGCCCGCGAAGCAGAGGCAGCCGCCUGGCAUCAUCGGGUGGGCCCACCUUCUUCCUACCACGGCGGGUCUCGCUAUCCUCUCUCCUCGCCCUCGACUUCGUCUGCUUACCUGCAUCCCGCCCAGCAUCCUCCUUCAGCCCCUUCAGUGCCGGCGUUUAAGGGCCACGGCCCACCACCACCUCCACAACCACCACAACCUCGCAGCAGCAGCAGCAGCACGGCCGCAAGCACAAGCCGGUGGCCGUCUCAUUAUUACGAGCGGGGUUCCUACGAUCAACAGCAGGCCCAGCGAUACGAAGAAAGCGCCAAGCAACACGCCCGCUCUCAUUACGAUCCGCCCGGACACUACGAACAAGCCUACUACGAGCAGCCCUACUCAGAGCCAAGGGCAUCAGCGUACGAUGAGGCGCGCCAGUACGACCCCCACUUUGGUGCAGCGCCUCGGCCUCCACCUUCGCCAGCCUACGCAGCCCGAAGCAAGCCGCUGCCUCCUCCCCUCCCAACGCUCAGGUCGCCGGCCCUCUCUGCUUCGUACCCGUCUGCCCCGCAGGCGCCUCAACAGGAUAGGUGGAGUCAUCGCCCCAACGACAUGACACCACGCGAGGCCCAUGCGCAGCCAAGCUCGUCGACUACUUCGUCGCCCGCAAUCGCUACUAGAGUCAUCUCGUCUUCUUUGCCCGUCCGGACCCCAGUUUCUGCGGUGGGCCAGGCGGUGCCGGGCUCGCCGGCGUCCGCGACGGCGCUCCCGCCCCCAUCACCUCAACGUCAAGCAUCCCACCCACCAACGUCUAUUCAGCAGCGUGCCUCUGCCUCUGCAACAAGCGCAAGCCCAGAGAGGUCACAAGAGGAGAUGGCGAGGCGCAUGGCCAAGCGACUGAAGCCCGACGCGACCGAAGAGCAAAUUGAGCAGCUCGUCAGGCAGACGCUUCUGAGCAGCGACGACACAGCUCCUGGACAGGCUCCUUGAGCUUGAGCUAAAUUCUAGGACCCCCAGACCCCCCUUCUCUUUCACCAGAGAUAGCGAGCGAGGUGGCAAAGGCCAGAUCCACAUCGACGAUUGGACGCGUCAUGUCGCGCGAUGUUCCUUGCAGCUUGGGUAAAACCAGGAAGAGAAGGAAAAAGUCCUGGACUCGGACAAUUUUCCCCUUCUCUGUAUCUAUUAUAUUGGUAGUUGGA